CAAUGACAUUCUCAUAAAAUUCAAAUUUUCUUGAGGGGUAAACUAUUAUGGGGAAAAACGUCAUAUUUCCUCCAAUGUAUAGACUUUUAAAAUUGCAAUUUCGUUUAUAAUGAAUUAUUGUAAAAUUGUGAUUUUAUUGGCGUAUAACAAUUAUUUAUAGAAUGACGAAUUUAUAGGUAAUAUUUCGAACUCGUUUUUGUAAAACUAUAAUAACUAUUCUAAUAGUUUUUAUUCCCGUUGCCACCAACUCCGAGAAGCCCAAGUUUGGAGCUUGUGUCGGCAGAGAGGAAAACGGUAGUUUCCGACGGUCUUUGAAGGUGACAGGUCCCUUAAUGGCUCGGCCCAUGGCCCAAGCUGAUAAAUGUUUUCUCUGCCGAUGUGUAUUGAACGGGCUCAUUCCAUUAAAAGCUUUUUUUUUUUUUUUUUUUUUUUUUUUUUAAAAAGGUGACCCUCGGCCCUCCGGAGCUUCACACCUCCGGAGGGCCGCAGACGUCUGAAGUUGGCGCUUAGCGGGGCUGCUGGACGUCGAUGGCCGCCUCGUUCACACUUUUCACCUCACACCUUUGAUCCGGGGGGACAUUUAACUGCGAGCGGGCCUCUUCCGAGCUCACUUUUUUGGGGGAACAUAACAAGGGCGAGGAAGCGAUGUCGGCCAUCCACGGGGACCUCAACCACUUGCAGAUGUUCCACGAAGGAAGCCUCCAGAUGAGCAACAUGGUCAACCCGGAUUUCCGUGGCGCAGACAUGACAAAUUAUUUGGGCGCGGCCGCCUCGGUGCCGCGAGUGGACAAAUGCGUGACCAUACUGACCCACCGGCGGAAGAGGACCAACUUCACCCAGCAGCAGAUCGAGGUACUCGAGAAGGUGUACUCAGGCACCAAGUACCCGGAUAUCUACCUGAGAGAGCGGCUGGAGGCGCUCACCGGCCUGCCCGAGUCCAGAAUACAGGUGUGGUUCCAGAACAGGAGAGCAAAAUCCCGUCGGCAAGUGGGCUCCUCGGCAUCCACCAAGGCCUCCAACCCACUGCCGUCCUUCCGCCGGCUCCCAAUCAGGAUGAACCAAGACAAAAUUUAUGAUAACAGGCACAGCACGGAGGUUCACAGGACGUCUGCUUUCGGACUAGAAGACACCUACAGGAGCCCGGUUGAAGACUCCCACGCGACCAAAGCAGUCGGCGGCCGUUUGCGGCGGUCCUGCCUCUACGAGAAAGACGCGAGCCGAGCGAAGCCCGAGCAGAUGCGGCACCGCGAGCCGAGCGUGGACGUCACGUCCAAUGACGUCCUGCUCUACCCCUCCGAGGACAGCGCCGGCAGCAUGAGCGGCGAUCCCAAUGUUCUGGUGGAGUACGAAAACUUCCCUCCCAACAAGACCAUCGGGCCGGAGAUGAAGGUGGUGAUCCCGCCCAUCCCCGCGCAGAACAACUUCAGCAGGUCGUCGCCCAAAGACGCCGGCGGCCCGUUGCAGUACCCGCUCGCGAGGGCAGCCGGGGACGCUUUCGACGGCUUCUCCCCGAUCCACGGCGCCGACGGGCCGGACUUUUCCGAUUCAGACUCGGACUGGGAGAGCGAGGCCAUGGUUGGAUUUGGUGGUUUUAUAUAAGAGAUGGCGAUGAUCUUCCCCAAAUUUUCCGUCUAUGUAUUGCCACAUCCUCCUCCUACACUGUACAUAAACCCCCAAAAUAUGAAUUUAUGAUCAAAAAGUCACAAAAUUGCAUCCGCUUAAUGUUUAAUGACCCAGUAAAAUUUGUUACAUUUGUUAACCUUGCUAUACUGUUGUUUGCAUAAAAGUAUCUAUUUAUUGUAAAAUUGUAAUAAAACUCUUUUUGUGUGUCAUAUUGAA